ACAACCUUUUCUGACGUCACUUCGCUUCACUCGCUCACAUCGGAGUCUUUUCAAUCUGUGGUAACAGAACAACACUCUUCAAUCGGACUCAGUUAAUAACUAGCACCCGUUUUAUCAGCGAAUCCUAUAAAAAGCUUCAAAACUGGGAAAUAUGGACUCCAAACUGGGGCUGGCCUCAUCAUCUCCUGCCCCACCUUCCUUUCAGAAGGGUUCUCCUGUAGCCACUUUCUCUUCUGCUCCACCUCAACCAACCUCAGUCAAGUACAGUCCAGCACACAGUCCUGAAGGCAGCAUCCCUUUUACAAUAUUUGGUCAAACUCACCAGACAGGAGAUGAACUUUCAAAUAUGCAGAGCUGUCCUGCUUUUGGUCUUUUAACCUCAAGUUCAAAUUGCUCUGAGUUUGUUCACCGAGGAAAAACGGGCUUGAUGACGACACCUACAAACACACAAUUCAAAGUAUUUCCAAAGCUGUGGCGGCCUACUGAGAUGGAUAAUUGCAGAGCAGGAGCCAUCUUUCACCCUCUGCUGGGUCUGUAUCCUUUCUCUGUACCAGUCUUCAAAACCCAUGAUCCUGCUCAUCCACAACUUUGCACCUCAGGUGUGGACAGAUGGAACACGUCCUCCUCAAACAGGAACUUGAACACCAGUCUAUUACCACUUAAAGAAAAAGAGAAAACUAAAAUCAACUCAAGUUGGAGUCAAAAUAGCCUUUCUGAGCGUGCGACCAAGACCAUUCUCUCAACAAAGGAAAAGGGUGUCAUAAAUCGACCUCUAGAGACACCCAGGUGUAAUAUUCGCCUAUCAGGAUCCUUGUCAGAAAGCUCCAGCGAAGAAACCAGCAGUGAUUCUGACAAUAUGGAGAAAGAUGAUGAGGAUCUAAGCAGCGACAGCGAUGACUCUGAAAAAGAGAUCCCAGUUGGACACGAAGUUGAAACUCAGAUGGAUUCUGUGAAGAAGUCUUCCUUUGUACGACCCAAGGACCAAAUUUGGAACCCAGAGCUGUUCCUGAACCCCCACUUUAACGGAGUGGUCAGCACUGCAGAUCAAGAUGCACCUUUGGCUCUCAUAACGAAACCUCGUAUCCAGACCAACUCUCCAAGCAAAAGGCCGUUCUUGGCAGCAACCAGCCCUCCCUACCACACACCUGUCAACCUGAGCAUUAGCAGCAAGAAGUUGUCAGACACAUCUGCUUUGCCAUCUAAAUCUGCCCCAUCAGGACUUGUUCCAGGAUCAGUUAAGGCUGCUUCAGUUCUGCAUGGAGGGUGGAGGCCAGCAAAAACCAGUUCCUGCCUAAAACCUGUAGACUUAACCAGAAACGGUGGGUUUGAUUUCCACAGCAGCAGAGGCUCAGAGGACUCUUCAGGAGACAUUGAGGAUGAUGAAGAGAGUAGUCUGAAUUCUGGCAGUAGCCUUUCAGACUCUGGGAGCAAUCCUGAGAGUGACAGUGCUGAGGAUCAUGGGAAGGAGUCCUUUAAGGCAGAAUCACAUACUGAUGCCAACGGAAGUGGUGCCCUGCUUAACCUGCAGAUUCUGAAGAAUUUAGGUGUAUCAGCCACCAAUUUACUCCACCACCAUGGCAACCUCCCUGAUCCUUUAACAUUUGCAACAGCAGGUUUAAAGAAGAAAAGGAGAGUCACAGAUGAGCGAGCUCUGCAAUUACCCCUUAAGUUUGGAUGGGAGAGAGAGACCCGGAUGAGAACUGUUACAGGUCGUCUGCAAGGGGAGGUGGCUUACUUUGCUCCGUGUGGGAAAAAGCUGCGUCAAUAUCCUGAUGUAGUGAAGUACUUGGUCCGGCAUGGAAUAACAGAAAUUUCCCGGGACAACUUCAGCUUUAGCACAAAAAUUAAAGUUGGUAACUUCUAUGAAGGUAGAGAAGGACCAGAGGGUUUACAGUGGUUCCUGAUGAAUGAGGAGGACAUUUCUUCUUGUAUCAUAGCGAUGAAUGGACAGCACAGCCGACAAACAAAAUCCAAAUACCAGACUGCAAACAAUGUUUCUGCAGCCCAGCAUCGUCAUCCUGCAUAUUAUAGUGAACCUUCUCUUCAAGAUAUUAGUGAUUCAAAGUUAUUACGGAAACUGGAAGCUCAAGAAAUAGCUCGACAGGCAGCUCAGAUAAAAAUGAUGCGAAAACUAGAAAAACAGGCCAUAGCACAAGCCACCAAGGAGGCGAAAAAGCAACAAGCAUUAAGGGCUGCUGAAGAGAGGCGGAAGAAAAGAGAGGAGAUGAAGAUUCAUAAACAACAAGAGAAGAUCAAGCGCAUUCAGCAUAUUCGUAUGGAGAAAGAACUCCGUGCACAGCAGGUUCUUGAGGCAAAGAGAAAGAAAAAAGAAGCUGCAGCCAAUGUAAAAAUGUUGGAAGCAGAGAAAAGAAACCAGGAGAGAGAGAUCCGUAAACUUCAAUCUUUCUUACAGAAGCACCAGGAGAGGGAGAGGCGCAGGCAGCACAGGACUCUCAUGAAAGCUGUGGAGGCCCGGAGGAAAGCAGAGGAGAAAGAACGUCUGCGAAAAGAAAAGAAAGCAGAGAAACAAUUAAACAAGAAGAAGAAACUGGAGCUCAGAAGACUGAAGCAGAAAAAAGCUAAGGAGCUAAUGAAGCCAAAAGAAGACAUGUGUUUACCAGAUCAUAAGCCUCUUCCAGAAUUACCUUGUAUACCUGGACUAAUUUUACCGGGAAAAACAUUCUCGGACUGCCUGAUGGUGUUGCAGUUUAUUCGUAACUUUGGGGCAGUUCUAAAUCUCGGAUUAAACUCAAACCAGAUCACUAUAAGUGACAUGCAAGAUGGGUUGCUCAACAUUGGGAACAGUUUGCAGAAGGUGCAGGACCUGUUGGUGAGCAUGCUGUCUGCAGCUGUGUGUGAUCCGGGCAUACCAGCAGGCUGUAAGUGCAAAACCCUGUUGGGAGACCAUUUGACUAAUGUGGAGAUCAACCAAGACAAUGUGUCUGAGAUCCUGCAAAUCUACAUGGAAGCCCAUUCUGAACAGACAGAGGUGGCUGCUCUGGCCCACAGCCUUGAAACCAAGGCGUUCCAGGCUCACAGUCCGUCAGAUAAGGCUGCUAUCCUGGCAUUCUUGGUUAACGAACUCUGCUGCAGUAAGGCUGUGAUUAGCCAGAUCGACAAAAAUAUAGAUUAUAUGACCAACCUGAGGAAGGACAAGUGGGCAGUAGAGGGAAAGCUGCGCAAACUGAGGAACAUUCACGCAAAGAAAACAGAUGAAAGACACAUUGGUGAAGGAGAAGAGAACCAUACCUUCAGCAGUGUCACUGUCCAGAACAAAGGUAAGAGGAAAAGCAGGAGCAGCGAAGAAGAGGAUGAAGACAGCGAAGACCAAGGAGAGGAUUAUGAUGGACAGGAGGAAGAAAUGAGAAGGAAAAUGAAGAAAUCGGAGACAUAUGGAGAGGAGGAAGCCGAUAGACAUUCAACAGACAUUACCGAACUAGAGACAAAAAUCCAGAAAACAUGCAAGUUGCAAAGUGAAAUUAGUCAGAAGCUGUUUGAAGCAUCUCACUCACUGCGCUCGAUGGUUGUUGGUGAAGACCGAUACAGGAGGCGUUACUGGCUCCUCCCACAUUGUGGGGGCUUAUUUGUUGAAGGAGUAGAGAAUGAGUUGGAGGAGGUGGAGAAAGACGGGGGAAGACAGAAGGCUUCUGUCAGAGUAAAGGAGGAGCAACAGGAAAAGAUCUCACAACCGAGGACAGAAAGUGUUAAAAUCCAGGCAGAGUGCCAGCAGAACAAUGAUGACGAUCUUCUCCAAAAGUCUUUUUCUAAGCUCGGCAAACUGUUUGAAGCAGUCAAAAUGGAUCAAAACUCAAACAUUGAUGCUGAGAACACCCAUCCUAGUGAAGUUUCUAUCACGGAGCCUUAUCAUUCCGAUUGUACCCUGGAGACAGAUAAAACGUCAGCUUCAUCUACGCUCAGUGCUGUCCAACUCAACAAUAACUGCAUGACCCGCAGCCCUCAAUCCAUCCUGCCUGACAAUCAGCUGUCUGCGGUAUUGACUGAAAAAAGCAGUGAGUGGUUUAGCCUCCUGCCCCGCGCUCCUUGUGAUGGCUCUUCUUUAGUCUCGAACAUCAGUUGUCCAGCUUUCGUCUCCUCCUCACGACUUGUCAGGACCGAAUCCUCCUCAUCUCUCCUCCCAAAUACCCCAAGGAAAAAAAACAAAGCUGGGAUUAAUAGACUACAUUCAGCUGACUCUCAGGAAGCAGAGGGUAAUCGAGAAGAGGACCUCUGUCUGGCAGAUUGCAACUCUGUCGACAAGAGUGAAACCACAGAGCCUCUGAAUAACAAGCCUGCUUGUGCGUCCUUUUCUCCUCUGGAAGUAGCCAAGGCUCAGGACUACAUUUGUCCUCAGCCAGUUCCUGAAGAGAUGCUGAGAGGCUGGUGGAGAAUUUCAGAUGCGGAGAACCUGCAGAGUCUGGUCAAUUCUCUUCACCAUCGGGGUAUCAGAGAGAGGGUGCUGCAGAAACAGAUCCAAAAAAAUAUGGAGCACAUGAGCCAGAUCUAUGCCAACCAAAAAAAUGCAGAAUUUGAUACAAACGACCCAGGAAAGCAGAAGAUAAGCAGGGAGAUUUUUGAAGGCUGGUGUGUUGAACAGCGGGCCGAAGAGGUGGACAGCAAUCUGCUGCUGCAAGUAGAAGCUCUGGAGAAAAAUGUAAUAUCUGCCAAUUUACCCAUUCAGGGUUGGAUGCCCAGUGAACCCAAGUACAACAGUGAUGAUCUGGGCUAUUUUGAACACAAGCCCUUCUCUUCUGUUUCUUUGGAAAACAAAAAACAGGGAGAAACUCGACAGGAGAGACUUCCAGGCUUUUGGAUGCGACGCUCCAACAAGCUUCUUGACGUAGCAGUCAUCAGGCUUGCAGAGCUGGAGAGGAACAUUGAGCGAAGCAACAAAGUGGAGGUUGCUCCUGGGAUGAGACAGUGGCAUAAAGCUCUCGGUAAAAUCCGCAAUUCAGCUCAGCUGUCUCUUUGCAUUCAGCAUCUGCAGAAAUCUGUUGUUUGGAAACAAGACGUCAUGAAAGUGCAGUGCCAGCUCUGUCAGAAAGGAGACAAUGAUGAACUUCUUUUACUAUGUGAUGGCUGUGACAAAGGCUGCCACACUUACUGCCAUAAUCCAAAGAUAACCGUGGUACCUGCUGGAGCAUGGUUUUGUUCUUCUUGUGAAAGUGGUCAAAUCCCUCCCAGUGGGAAGCAACAAAGCCAAACAGCUGGAGGAAAGCAUAAAAGCAGUGAGGUAAAACAAAACUGUAAGCCAUCUGUGAAGGGAGAGCUUGUCAGUGAGGAGGUUGCCAGCAGCAACAACAUGCCAAAAAGAGGUUCCAAGGAGUUCAAAAAGAGGAAAGGAGAAGACAGCUCUGAGCCCAGGUUUGACAGCCUUGUCUCCUGUGCAAAAAGGGCCAAAACACCCAACAGUGAGCUGGCUGUGUGUCGAGUGCUGUUGGCCGAGCUGGAGGCCCAUCAGGAUGCGUGGCCCUUUCUGAGCCCAGUUAAGCUCAAGUCUGUCCCUGGAUACAGAAAAGUCAUCAAGAAACCAAUGGACUUCUUUACUAUUAAGGAAAAACUAAUCAACAACAUGUAUUUAAAUCAGGAGAACUUCAUUACUGAUGUGAACCUGGUUUUUGAUAACUGUCAAAAAUUUAAUGAAGACGACUCUGAAAUUGGACAAGCCGGCCACAGGAUGAAGAGAUUUUUUGACAAACGAUGGACCGAGUUACUGCAUUGAAAAAAACAAACAAACAAACAAACAAAAAAACAAAACACCACCGUUGACGCAGCAAUAUUAUUCUUUGUAAUUAAAGCUCUGUCUUUCACUUUUGACCAGAUUGCACACCUUUUGUAAACGCUGAUGUGCAGAGUCAAUAAAGGUAACAGAAAAGA